GUUCCGGUGAGGACAGGAUAUGACGUGAUUUUCACCUUCCCGCCUCCAUCUUUGUUUUCGGUACAGCAAUCGGGGCUGCUGGAGUAAGGAGAGCGUGAGGUUGUGGACAAUGGGGGACAGCGAUGAUGAGUACGACCGCAGGCGGAGGGACAAGUUCAGGAGGGAGAGAAGUGACUACGACCGAUCCCGAGAGAGAGAGGAGAGACGGCGAGACGACUGGAGUGACAGGGAAUGGGACCGAGGACGAGAGAGAAGGAGCCGCGGAGAGUACAGGGACUACGACCGCAGCCGCAGGGAGAGAUUCUCACCACCGCGGCAUGAAAUGAGCCCACCCCAGAAACGCAUGAGGAGAGACUGGGAUGACCACAGCUCGGACCCCUAUCACAGUGGCUAUGAUAUGCAGUACUCCGGGGCGUCGGGUGCCCCCUCGUACGGUCCUCCGCAGCCCUGGGCUCACCCUGAUAUGCAUGUGAUGCAGCAUCAUGGGAUCCCCAUACAGGCCAGACUGGGGAACCUGCAUGAUGUUGAUUUGGGGACUCCGGCCCCCGUCAUGAAGACCUUUAAGGAGUUCCUGCUGUCUCUGGAGGACUCUGUGGAUGAGACUGAGGCAGUCCGCCGCUACAAUGAGUACAAAAUGGAGUUCAGACGGCAGCAGAUGCAGGACUUCUUCCUGGCACAUAAAGAUGAAGAGUGGUUCCGCUCGAAGUAUCACCCGGACGAGGUGGGCCGUCACCGGCAGGAGUCACAGGCGGCGCUGCGCAACCGGCUGAACGCCUUCCUGUAUUUGAUGGAGAACAGCUGGAUGAACGAGCUGCAGCUGGACAUGGAGAAGGCGCCUGCCAUCAUCAAAAUGCUGGACGCAGCCGUUAUAAAGAUGGAAGGAGGAACAGAAAUCGACAUGAAGAUCCUGGAUGAGGAAGAGGAACAAGCAAAGAGAGAGGCUGCAAAAAAAGAGGAGGCGCGGACCCCCGAGGGGCAGAGUAAGCCCCCAGAAGAGAAAGAGUCAGCGCCUAAGACUGAACCAGAGAAGGAGCCCGUGGAGGAAGAGAAGCCCCCAAAACCAGAGGAGAAGGAGGAAGAGAAGAAGGUGGAGAAGGAGGAGGAGCCGCCGGAGCGGGAGAGCAGGAAGUCCACUAAAAGGAAAAGGAAGAGGAGCGGAGACAGCGACGACGGCAGUGACUCAGAGUCCGGGUCUGGUUCUGAGCCUGCAAGCCCCAAACCAGAGAGCCAAGGACAAAACGGACGAGAAGAAUCCCCCAAGAAGGAAAAAGAGGAGGAAGAAGAAGAGGAGAAACCCAAGGAGAAGCCAAAGGAGGAGGUGGUGAAGCCUCGUCCCCUGCACAAGACCUGCUCCCUCUUCAUAAGGAACGUCGCCCCCAACAUCUCCAAGGCUGAGAUCACUGCGCUCUGUAAGAGGUACCCCGGCUUCCUACGGGUGGCGCUGUCUGAUCCUCAGCCUGAAAGAAGGUUUCUGCGGAAAGGCUAUGUGACCUUCGAUCGAGGGGUGAACAUUAAGGAGAUCUGCUGGAAUCUGCAGAAUAUCCGGCUUCGUGAGUGUGAGCUGAGCCCUGUGGUGAACAGAGAACUGUCCUGGCGGAUCCGACACGUGAGCGGCAUCACCCAGCACCGUCCCGUCCUCCGCAAUGACAUCAAGCUGGCGGCCAGGCUCAUCCAUGCCUUAGACGAGAGGGGGCAGCUGUGGAAAGAGACACAGGACGGGGAGGAAGUCUCUGCUCAGAAUCCAAUACUGAAAAAUAUCACAGAUUACCUCAUCGAUGAGGUCAGCGCUGAAGAGGAGGACCUACUCUGGGGGGCUGGGAGGACGGCUGGAACUGAACCCCCAAAAGAGGGGAACCCCACAGAGAUCAGCGUGGAGAGAGAUGAGAAGCUCAUUAAGGUCCUGGACAAGCUCCUCCUGUAUCUGCGCAUUGUUCAUUCUGUCGACUAUUACAUCAACUGCGACUACCCCAGCGAGGACGAGAUGCCGACACGCUGCGGGAUCAUGCAUGUCCGAGGACCCAUACCGCCCAACCGCGUCUCCCACAGAGAAGUGGCGGACUGGCAGAAGACGUGUGAGGAGAAGCUGGCGCCUCUUUUUGCUGUACGUGAAACGCUUUCUGAGGAGGAAGCGCUGAAGGUCGGAAAAAAGGAUCCAGAACAGGAAGUGGAGAAGUUUGUGACUGCGAACACCCAGGAGCUCGGGAAGGAGAAGUGGCUGUGCCCGCUGAGCGGCAAGAAGUUCAAGGGACCAGAGUUUGUUCGUAAACACAUCUUCAACAAGCACGCUGAGAAGAUCGAGGAGGUCAAGAAGGAGGUGGUCUUCUUCAAUAACUUCCUGAUGGACAGUAAACGCCCCGCACUGCCCGAGGUCAAACCCAUCCAGCCCCCGAUAGCUGGGCAAGGUUUGGCCCCAGGACUGCUGUACCCUCACCAGGGCCCCCAGGCUCUCCUUCAGUAUGGUCAGCCUCGCCCCCCAGUCCUGGGAUACGGAGGUAGGUUUGGUGUUGUGGUUGGGUGUCUGGCGGGUGUUGCUUUGUCUGUUACUGACGGUUGUCUCCCCUCCCCCCCAGGUGCACCUCAGUUUCCUCCAAAUCCUUAUGGGGCUGGACGCGGUUAUGAUGCAUUCAGGGGCCAGGGGGGUGUCUACCCAGGAAAACCCCGCAACCGGCUGAUGAGAGGAGACCCCCGCUCUAUUAUUGAGUACAGAGACCUGGACGCUCCGGAAGACGUGGAUUUCUUUUAAUGCCUGCAUUUAUGUUAGAUGCCGCCCCUCCCCCGCUUCUCCUGUCACCGCCCUGUGCCCCUCUAUUAAGGUAUCACUCGCUUCUCUCCGGUCGUUACAUUUUUAAUGAAUUUUUCAGGCCUUGAGGCGAAUGUGAAGCUGGUUCUGUUCAAUAAACCGAUUUCCUGGUGAAUUACGUGUGAUGGUUGGGGGAGGGGCAUGUCACAGAUCAUGUGAUACCUGUGGGUGGGGUCACAAUGUUUUAUAAUAAACCUGUAAAUGAAU